CCACCCUGUACAUAGUUGGACGGAUGCAGAAUUCAAAGAACUUGAGAUUGCAUCGUAAUGUUGCUAUAACAUUAAUUGAUGAACUUGCAGAAAGUGGAAUUUUGCCAUCACAUUCAUUUGGUCGACCAAAGAUAUCCGCAGAAUGGAGUUUAUUUAUCACAUUAUGGUUUCUAGCUAACACUGAACCGUAUCGCACUUUAUCGGAUAGAUUUGAUGUGUCCAUAUCAUCAAUAUUUCGCGUGAUUCGGCGAGUAAUUACUUGGAUUCUAACUAAAUUAGAUAACAUAAUCGAGUGGCCAGAAGGAGAAUCAUUGAUUGCAGCAGCUCAAGGCUUUCAAAAUAAAAAAGGAAUUUGAAAUUGUAUUGGGGCGAUUGAUGGCUCCCAUAUUAUCAUUCUACAGCCACAAGAAAAUGCUGCUGAUUAUUUUAAUCAGAAAAAAAAUUACUCGAUAAUAUUACAAGCAGUUGUUACAGCUGAUAUGCGAUUUACAAAUAUUUAUUGUGGUGAACCUGGAUCACUCCACGAUGCCAGGGUAUUACGGCGAUCAAGUCUUCAUUGGGAAUCACAAAAUAAUAAGAAUAGAAUAUUUCCGAACAGAACGUUUAUAUUAGGUGAUUCUGCAUAUCCGUCCUUGUCUUGGUUAGUACCACCGUUUAGAAAUAAUGGUCAACUCACAGCACAGCAAAUUGAGUUUAAUUUUCUUCAUUCAUCUACACGUAUGGCAAUAGAAAAGGCUUUUGGUGUAUUGAAAGGACGCUUUCGACGCUUAAAAUUUUUUAAUGAGUAUCAAGAUAUUCAAUUUAUAAUUGAAGUAGUUAUUGCGUGCUGUAUUUUACAUAAUAUAUGCAUUGCUGCUUUUGAUGACGGCAUGGAUUUAUAUGAUGAAGAUAGCGGUUUAGAUAAUAAUAUAAAUGUAAGAGAAAAUGGAAAUGAAGAAAAUGGUAACGACCGAAGAUCGAGUUUAUUUUAUGAAAUGUUUCCACAAUGAAUAUUUAUAUAAUAUAAUAUCACAUCUCAUAUGUAUAUUCAUAAAUAACUUUUAUUUGUACUUUGCAUACUUUG